GGGAAACUUGUGGUUCUAACUUCAUUAUUCAACCAUGUCAAAUGUUAUAGCGGAAAGCAUCACUCACGUGUUAUGUGAAUUCCUAACCUAAAAUUAUGAAAAUUUGUAAUAUAAAAUAGCUCUUCAACUUAUAUACCAUAUAUUUGUAAUGAAAAUAAAUGUUUUUAUGAGUAUAUUUUGGUACACUAUUUAAUAAAUGCAAAAUGGGUUUAACAAAGCAAUAUUUGAGAUAUGUACCAGCAGGAAAUACAAACAUUAUUGUUAGUCCUGCGUGUAAUAUUGUGUUUGUAACAUUACAAGGCCAAGAAGGUAGAUUCGUGGCAGUUGGUGCAUGUGAACAUGUUUUUGUAUGGGAUUUACGUUUAGGAGAAAAGGCUCAAGUAUUAUCUGGAGAUAAAGCAACUGUAACAUGUUUAGCUGCAUCUCCUAAUAAACAACAUAUAGCAGUUGGUUACAUGGACGGUACUAUAAAAACUUUUAAUUUGGAAUCGGGAGAAAAUACAAGUAUAUUUGUAGGUCAUCGAUCUGAAAUUACAACAUUAGUAUAUGACAGCAAAGGACAUAGGUUAGCUUCUGGUUCUAAGGAUACAGACAUUAUUCUUUGGGACAUAGUAGCUGAAACUGGAAUAUGUCGACUGAGUGGGCAUAAAGGUGUAAUAACUAAACUAGUAUUUAUGAGUAAUCAUAAUAUUAUUAUUAGUGCCAGUAAAGAUACAUUUGUAAAAUUUUGGGAUAUUGAUACUGAACAUAAUUUUAGAACUCUUGUUGGUCAUAGAACAGAGGUUUGGAGUCUAGCUUUGGUUAAAAAUGAUCAUUAUUUAGUAACUGGUUGUAAUGAUAAUGAAUUACGUGUAUGGAAAAUAUUUUUUACUGAUACAGAAACUGUAGAUAUUAAUUUGCAAGAAUUAACUCUUACUGAUGAUGCUGAAGUUAGCGACAUGAAACAUCCUUUGAGGUGUGAGAAAAUUGGAAGUAUACUGAGAAGCAGCCGUGGACGAGUUGUAUCUCUUGAAGUUGAUACAACGCAUACUAUUAUUGGAUGUCAUGGAGUAGAUAAUACAGUGGAUCUAUUUCAAUUAUUACCUGAUACCAAAGUAAAAGAAAAUGUUGCUAAACGAUUACGGAAGGAACGGAAAAAGGCAGAGAAAAAUGGAAGUAAUAUAGAAGAAAAUGUUUCGAAAGUACCAACUAUAAAGGAUGAAAUCAUUCGUUUACCUAUUAUCAAAAUAUCUGCUAAAGCUAAAGGAUUAGACAUGGUAAUGGGUAGAGGAGGUGAACUCAGAAUAUGUGUUGGAGUUAAUAAUAAUUCUAUAGAGUUAUAUUCUUUACUUACCCAAGAAAAAGAUAUUGAAAUAAAACAAUUGAGAUCAAUAACGAUUCAUGGUCAUCGUACGGACGUUCGUGCUGUUUGUUUUAGCUCUGAUAAUUUGGCUUUUGCAACAGCUAGUGGAGAUUCUGUAAAAUUAUGGAAUAGACCGACUUUAGCAUGUUUACGUACUGUACAAUGUGGUUAUGCUUUAACAUUAACGUUUGUGCCAGGAGACAGACAUUUAAUAGUAGGUUUGAAAGAUGGUAAAAUGUUGAUUAUAGAUAUUACAGCAGGUGAUAUUUUAGAAGAAGUACCUGCACAUUCAAAGGAACUUUGGAGCGUUACGCUAUUUCCUGAUAAGAAAGGAGUAGCUAGUGGUGGGGGUGAUCAAACAGUAAAAUUUUGGAAUUUUGAACUUAUCGAAGAUCCCGAUAGAGAAAUAAAGGCGAAAGUUUUGUCUGUACUACAUUUAAAAACUUUAAAACUAGAGGAUACUGUAUUAUGCGUAAGAAUAAGUCCUAAUAAUAGAUUUGUUGCAGUCGCAUUGCUUGAUUCUACUAUAAAAAUUUUCUUCCUUGAUACAUUUAAGUUUUUUAUCUCACUUUAUGGACAUAAAUUACCGGUUUUAUGUAUGGAUAUAUCCAGUGACUCAACACUCAUUACCACUGGUUCUGCAGAUCGAAAUAUUAAAAUUUGGGGUCUCGAUUUCGGAGAUUGUCAUAAAUCAAUAUUUGCUCAUGAUGAUUCUGUCACAGGAUUAUCAUUCGUUCCUGGUACACAUUAUGUUUUCACUUGUGGAAAAGAUGGAAGAAUAAAAGAAUGGGACGCUGAUAGUUUCCACAAAAUUGUAACAUUGCAUGGUCAUACAGGAGAAGCUUGGAAUUGUGCUGUCUCUCCAAAUGGUAUUUAUGUCGUAUCUUGUGGAUCGGAUAAAGUCGUUAGGUUAUACGAACGAACUUCAGAACCUUUAGUUCUUCAAGAUGAAGAAGAAGAGGAGAGGGAACGUCAAGAAAAUGAAUUAGCUACUGGAGAUACUACCGUUGUGCCAGGGCAAAAACAACAAUCUUUACCUUCAAGAAAAACUGUGUCUAGUGAAAAAGGAGCUGAAUUGAUAAUGGAAUGUUUAGAAGUAUCUGAAGAAUAUAACGAACAAUUAUUAAAAGCGGCAGCAUUAGGUAUCAAUACAACGCCUCCUGUUCCUUUACAAAUGCAAGCUUACAAUUGUACAACCACAGAUGAUUACUUUUUAGAAACAAUCAAACGAAUCAGAGCAAGUGAUUUAGAAGAAACAUUAUUAUUAUUACCAUACUCGAUUGCUUGUAAAAUUCUCAAAAUGCUUCCCAAAUUAUUACAAUCAGAUUAUCACACGGAAUUAAUAGCAAGAUUAGCCCUAUGUUUAAUACAAGCUCAUCAUGGUCCUAUUAUAAGUACAGAAGAACUUUUGCCUGUAUUAGAAACUGUGAAAGAACUUGCUAUAAAAAAAGUUUCCAAUCUAAAGGAUAUGAUUGGUUUUAAUUUACACGGAAUGAUGUAUUUGCAACGCGUUAUUGAAGAGAAGGAAGGAAUACAAUUUUUCAGAGACGCAACUAAAAGCAGUAAACAUAAAAACAGAGUUAGAAAAAAUAAAGAAAAGGCAUUGAAACGAGCAAUUAUGUCGUUGUAAUAGUUUGUAUUCAAUUGUAACAAAAUUUUGUAUAUAUUUUUAAUAAAAAUAAAAAUUAUCUAAUUUUA